CUGGAUCGUACCCUCAAAACCUUAGGUUCUAUAGUUCUAUUUGUCUCUUCCCCUUCCAUACUCUGCAGCAUUGAAAUCCUCUCUCUCUCUCUCUCCUCCCGGCAGCGCUCUCCGCCAUGACCAGCUCCUCCGCCACCGCUCGCAAGGCACUGAGUAAAAUUGCCUGCAAUCGGCUUCAGAAGGAGUUGGUGGAGUGGCAGGUCAAUCCUCCCGCUGGCUUCAAACACAAAGUCACCGAUAAUCUCCAAAGGUGGGUGAUUGAAGUAAUUGGAGCUCCUGGAACCCUCUAUGCUAAUGACACCUACCAACUUCAAGUUGAUUUCCCAGAGCAUUACCCAAUGGAAGCUCCCCAGGUUAUAUUCCUCCAUCCAGCUCCAUUGCACCCUCACAUUUACAGUAACGGCCAUAUCUGUUUAGGUAAAACCAACGACCAAAAGAUUCCUACUUGCUCAUCAUAAUCAUCGAAUGUGUUUGUGUUGUACCAGUAAGCAUCUAUAAAUGUUUUCUUCACUUUGAUUCCAACUUCAGUUUCCUGGACCACUUUCUCUUUCAAUGUCUUCAAAAUAGAUGUUCUAUCCUUCUUGGCCUUGGGUUUACAUCAAUAAUAAAUUUUUACCUUAAUGACCAAGUUAAAUUUGUCCUCCCAUUAUGUCGAAAGUGAUAGGUUUGCCCCUGGGUAUUGCUUUGAUACUAUCUCUGCUUUGAGUAUCAACUGGAUUUGGUGUGCACGGUUUCUGUUCCCCUUUGUAGAUAUUUUAGUUAUCUACAUUUUUUUUUUCUGGAGUAACUGUGACUAUUAUCCUCUUAAAUUACUGAGACCUGCAAGAUCAAAAUCAAGUUCAACUUAGCUUGUAGAUCUUAGCUAAUCACUUUAAUAUGGGGAGAGUUGGUUUGCCUUCUCUUUGGCUUUGCAUGCAAUACAAGGCAAAAUGUCUUGCAGUUCACCGCUGUCUUGAGAUGCAUCUUAUGAAAUGAAUAUCUUGAUAAUGAUUCAGUGAAGCUUUGUGCUGAUGUCAGGGACCUGGCACUUCAUAUUUUGGGGUCUCAAUGGUUCAUUUAUCUCAUCCUGCUUUUGAAUGGCUGCAUAAGCUGGAUGGAUUCCCUCAGAAUGUGAUUUUGGUGUGCUUCUGCAUGUGGAUAAUUAAUGUGAUUAAUGCACGUUUUUGUCUACAUUUAUCAAACUAAAGAUGAUUGGUUCAGCUGCUACUUGCAAUA